UGAGGGUGAAAAAAUUUGCUGAGGUUUAUAACUGUUCAACAAGAAACCAAAAAAUCAUUUGCUUGUGAAUCAAAAUCUCUCGGCCAAAGCAAAGGUUUUAAACAGUAGCCUUGGAAUGUUUGGGGGUCCUGGCCUGUUUUUUGGGAUUUGCAUCUUCAAAACUCAUUUGGUACCCUUUCUCUAGCUUCUUCAUAUAUAUUACAUAAUAACCUCUCUCACAUCAUCAUCAUCAUCAUCACAUUCAUCAUUUUCUUCACUCUCUUGAAGAAAAAUGAAAGGGAGAUUCUUCUGUCUUAUACUAACUCUUCAUAUAGUGAGUGUGUUAGCAAAGAGGCCAUUUCUUUCAUCUCAUGGCAUUUCACAUUCUGCUCAAGAAAAGGCUCCACAAUCUUCACCACCUUAUACCAUUGAAUCAAAAAAGUUGAAGGGUAUAAUGGGAAGAGAAGGAAAGACAAAGAAAAGGGAGGAAGAAAAUGAUAGAGGAGUGAGUAAAAUAGGGUCAAGUCCACCAAGUUGUGAACACAAAUGCUAUGAUUGUUAUCCAUGUGAGGCUAUUCAAGUUCCAAGCACAAGUAAUCAUUUGGGGAUUAUGUAUGCAAAUUAUGAGCCUGAGAGUUGGAAAUGCAAGUGUGGUCCUUCUCUAUAUAGUCCAUGAUUAAUCUUGUCUAUUAUCAUCCACUAAUAUUAAUGUUGUUCUUUUAUUUCAUUCUCUAGUUUUAUCAUGUACUAGUUUGUAAAAUCCUC